ACGUAGCAUUAAAUAGAAGUUUAAACGAACAGACCCUUUUGGUGUUUUUUUUUUCUAGUAUGACUUAAUUUAGCCAGGAACAUGCCAAAAUGACAUUUCAAUAUUUUUGUACCUACAAAAAUAAAAGCAGGGACCUAGUCAAUUUACCGAAAUUACUCAUCAAUGGAUUGUCAAUACAACGUUUUCUAAAACAAGUUGUUAACACUGAAUUUCUUUGCGACCUUUGACACCAUAUACCUACUUAACAUAAUAAACGGCCAACUUUCUCUUCAUAAUAAACAGAAGCCUAAUCUACACGAUGGCCACAAAAAGGAAACCGAUUCGACCUGUUACAGUCAAUACGAAUAUGAAUUUCCGACCUGGGGGACCAGAUGUCUCUAGGUCAGAAGCUAAAGGUACACGACCAACUGCUGCACCAACGACCAUUAAGGAAAUCAUAGUUACCACAAUAAUGUAUGUUUGCAAAAAGACAAUCUUCUUCGAUACCAAUCUCAAAGUAGCUCUCUACCUAGGAAGUCUGUUUAUAAUCUCAUUGAUUGGAGAUUUUAUACCUUAUCCCAAGACUUAUUUCUCCCGUUCAGACAAUUUAUUUAAUAUCUACUUUGUGAAAAUCGGCUGGGGAUGGACAUUGCUGUUUAGUUUGCCUUUUUUGGUGAUGACCUCAAUAGUCCUAUGUUGUGGUGAUAGGAAGAAGAUGCUUACAAAUCACUUACCUCGAUUAGUAGUCGCAACUUUCUUCUGGUUCUUCUGGACGAAGUUGUUUAAUGUAAUUGAGACAUCUUAUGGCAGGUGUACCGUUCGAGGAUUUGAUAGUAAAUCGAGCUGCUUGCGAGCUGGCCAUUUAUGGAAUGGAUUUGAUAUAUCAGGCCAUGCAUUUAUACUGAUUCACUCUAGUUUGGUACUAAUAGAGGAGGCAAGACCAAUUGUUAAAUGGGAAUCGAUUAAGGAGCAUCUGCGAAAUGAAUUGCACAAUCGAAGUGUUGCCGAGCGGUCAAGUACAAAUCCAUUGAGGAACCUCAGUGAUGAACAAGUGAAGAUGCUUAACUUCUUAUAUGAGCGCUUGACUCCGGCCAUUCGGACUCUGUUCAUUGGAAUUGCAGCGUUGCAGCUUCUUUGGGAUGUGAUGCUAGUUGGAACAAUGCUAUACUACCAUAAGAUGAUAGAAAAGGUUGUUAGUGGAAUUAUUGCGAUUUUGACGUGGUAUUUCACGUAUCGUUUCUGGUAUCCAUCAAGUUUAUUGCCUGAUCCAGCUGGAAGUGGAUGUUUCUUCUAUCAACGUGAAAGAAGUGACACAUUUGUUUACAAGAGAGCUCCAAGUUUGACACCAACUACGCCUACACAACGUACAGCUAAUGCUUCUGGUCAAGUACCCAUGUUUAUGGGUUUGCCUAUUUAUGCUAAUCUAAGGGCAAAUCAGGCCUCUACUACGCCUAAUACAUCAAAUGUAUCAUCCGAAUUUCUUUAAUGAAGUUUUUUGUUUUAUAUCACUUAAAAAUUAUGUAGUUUUUAAUUUCUUUUGUUUUUUUAUUUAAUUUUUGGUGAGACUUGUUUUGUUGUUUUUAUUUGUUUAAAUUUUAUUUUCCUCUCUAUAACUAGGUACAUUGUUAUUUAAAUUUGUUCAUAUUUGACGUUUCGUUUUUCGAUCAACCCAUAAAUGUAUUAGUUCAGUAUGGUUUUAAAGUGGUGUUCAAUAAAUCCUUUUUUUUUUU